GCGGAUGAUAAAUGAACAGCUGUAUGACAGAUCACAACUCGAACUGAGAAUUUGUUGUAAUUGUUAUUUUCUGUAGUUAGAGAUACGAUUAUAAACCUGUAUUUACUUCUGCAAUUGACGGUAUCACAACGUAUGUAUUGUUGAUGCUUUAUUAAUUUUAACAGGCUAUGAAAAAAGGGAAGAAACACCAGCAAAGUACAGGAAGCCGGGAGAAUGGGAAUGGAAAUACUCAGAGACAUGGAGGUAAAUUAACUCAAUCAGUAUUCAAUUGUUAACAAAUAGCAGAUAAUGUACUCAUACAUUGCAUGUUGGGAAUCGUUUUUUAGAUAGUUGACAGUUGAAUAGACGAAUAAUUUUACUAGUAUUUAACAGAUCUCUGUGUGAAUCCUCUGUGAAUGCAUAUCAGCUGGUCAGCUGCCAGACAUGCUACGUGGAACAGCAAAGCAACGUGACCAUCGAUUGACCCAGAGCAGAGCCCAUAUUAAUAAUCCCCAUAAGAAUAGGCUGCCAUUCUUCAAUGGCAAUAUACAAAUGUACAUUUUAGAAUCAUCAUCACGUAUUCUUCAUCAAAACAAGUAAAAGGUGAUACUGUCAGUCAGUAAAGUUGCCCGUGCAGUUGAAGCAAAGCAAGACUGCAAAAUAUAGGUGGGUCAUUCCUGUUAUGUGGUGCCUUUUCUGUCCCCAGGAAAUAUUCCAAAGGGCUUAAAAUAUAAAGUUAAACCAUAAAAACACAAAGAUAUGGAUCUCAAAGGGAAUUUUAUUUUGCCAUGUCCCCGGGUGCUAUUCAUCGACUAUAACAAGAAAUAUAAGCCAUUCAAUAAUAAAAUAUUCCAAAUAUUUAUUCAUUAUUUUAUAGUCCUACUCAAAAUCUGUCAUCAAUACAUUUUUUUUCAUGAUUACUGUAUUUGUUACUGUAUUUAAGAUUUUCUGUGUGUCCCUGAUUUCACUUUCCACCCUGUUAGUUUGUAGUAAUACCCCUUUAAAAAACAGCCCCUUCCCACAAUAACAUCACAUUAAAAUAAAAUCAAAUUUUAUUUGUCACAUGCGCCGAAUACAACAGGUGUAGACCUUACAGUGAAAUGCUUACUUACAAGCCCUUAACCAACAAUGCAGUUUUAAGAAAAAUAAGUGUUAAGUAAAAAAGAGAUAAGUAAAAAUAAUUAAAGAGCAGCAGUAAAAUAACAGUACCGAGGCUAUAUACAGGGGGUACCGUACAGAGUCAAUGUGCGGGGGCACAGGUUAGUCAAGGUAAUUGAGGUAAUAUGUACAUGUAGGAAGAGUUAAAGUGAGGGGGGGGGGAUGCAAAUAGUCCGGUUAGCCAUUUGAUUAGCAGUUCAAGAGUCGUAUGGCUUGUGGUAGAAGCUGUUAAGAAGCCUUUUGGACCUAGACUUGGUACUCCGGUACCGCUUGCCGUGCGGUAGCAGAGAGAACAGUCUAUGACUAGGGUGGCUGGAGUCUUUGACAAUUUUGAGGGCCUUCCUCUGACACCGCCUGGUAUAGAGGUCCUGGAUGGCAGGAAGCUUGGCCCCAGUGAUGUACUGGGUCGUACGCACUACCCUCUGUAGUGCCUUGCGGUCGGAGGCCGAGCAGUUGCCAUACCAGGCAGUGAUGCAACCAGUCAGGAUGCUCUCGAUGGUGCAGCUGUAUAACUUUUUGAGGAUCUGAGGACCCAUGCCAAAUCUUUUCAGUCUCCAGAGGGGGAAUAGGCGAUCCUUUUGCACCAAUCAGAUAACAUUAAAUUAUAAAUCCCUCCUCAAAACAAGUUAAGUGGAUUUCCUGGGACAAUAGCAGAUGAAACAUUUUCAGGAAGUGUCAAUCUUCUUUUUGGCGAGAAAACAACAGUGCAAAGCUAAGUAAGUAUCAACACCCGGUUUUAUCUAUAUUGUAUUGUUUCAUGAUGUUAGUCAGUAUGUCUCACUCUUACAUUUUCACCCUGUUAGGCUACAUUAGAUGAACAUGUUAUACAAUUUUAGAAUUUCAAAAUAUGUUUGACAGAAAAGUUAAAAUCCUCUUCAUCAGAAAAGCAGAACUUAAUAUUUGGUACAGAAACCUUUGUUUGCAAUUACAGAGAUCAUACGUUUCCUGUAGGUCUUGACCAGGUUUACACACACUUCAGCAGGGAUUUUGGCCCACUCCCCCAUACAGACCUUCUCCAGAUCCUUCAGGUUUCAGGGCUGUCGCUGGGCAAUACGGACUUUCAGCUCCCUCCAAAGAUUUUCUAUUGGGUUCAGGUCUGGAGACUGGCUAGGCCACUCCAGGACCUUGAGAUGCUUCUUACGGAGCCACUCCUUAGUUGACCUGGCUGUGUGUUUCGGGUCGUUGUCAUGCUGGAAGACCCAGCCACGACCCAUCUUCAAUGCUCUUACUGACGGAAGGAGGUUGUUGGCCAAGAUCUCGCGAUACAUGGCCCCAUCCAUCCUCCCCUCAAUACGGUGCAGUCAUCCUGUCCCCUUUGCAGAAAAGCAUCCCCAAAGAAUGAUGUUUCCACCUCCAUGCUUCACGGUUGGGAUGGUGUUCUUGGGGUUGUACUCAUCCUUCUUCUUCCUCCAAACACGGCGAGUGGAGUUUAGACCAAAAAGCUCAAUUUCUGUCUCAUCAGACCACAUGACCUUCUCCCAUUCCUCCUCUGGAUCAUCCAGAUGGUCAUUGGCAAACUUCAGACGGGCCUGGACAUGCGCUGGCUUGAGCAGGGGGACCUUGCGUGCGCUGCAGGAUUUUAAUCCAUGACGGCGUAGUGUGUUACUAAUGGUUUUCUUUGAGACUGUGGUCCCAGCUCUCUUCAGGUCAUUGACCAGGUCCUGCCGUGUAGUUCUGGGCUGAUCCCUCACCUUCCUCAUGAUCAUUGAUGCCCCACGAGGUGAGAUCUUGCAUGGAGCCCCAGACCGAGGGUGAUUGAGCGUCAUCUUGAACUUCUUCCAUUUUCUAAUAAUUGCGCCAACAGUUGUUGCCUUCUCACCAAGCUGCUUGCCUAUUGUCCUGUAGCCCAUCCCAGCCUUGUGCAGGUCUACAAUUGUAUCCCUGAUGUCCUUACACAGCUCUCUGGUCUUGGCCAUUGUGGAGAGGUUGGAGUCUGUUUGAUUGAGUGUGUGGACAGGUGUCUUUUAUACAGGUAACGAGUUCAAACAGGUGCAGUUAAUACAGGUAAUGGGUGGAGAACAGGAGGGCUUCUUAAAGAAAAACUAACAGGUCUGUGAGAGCUGGAAUUCUUACUGGUUGGUAGGUGAUCAAAUACUUAUGUCAUGCAAUAAAAUGCAAAUUAAUUACUUAAAAAUCAUACAAUGUGAUUUUCUGGAUUUUUGUUUUAGAUUCCAUCUCUCACAGUUGAAGUGUACCUAUGAUAAAAAUUACAGACCUCUACAUGCUUUGUAAGUAGGAAAACCUGCAAAAUCGGCAGUGUAUCAAAUACUUGUUCUCCCCACUGUAUGUGAUAUAUGUUAUUGUAUUGCAAUGUAUAUACAAUUAUAAUUAGUAAUUGUAAUGUAUUUAGCAACCAUAUAUCUGUGUAUCACAGGCGGCUGGUGGCACCUUAAUUGGGGAGGACGGGCUCAUAGUAAUGGCGGAAAAGGAAUUGGGAAUGGCAUCGAACACCUCAAACAUGUUUUCCAUGUGGUGUAUACCGUUCCAUUAACUCUAUCCCAGCCAUUAUUGUGAGCCACCCUCUCCUCGGCAGCCUCGUGUGUGUGAUCUCUAUCUCUAUCUCUCUCGCUCUCGCUCUCUCUCUGAUAUUAAAACAGUUACAUGCAUUUGUUAGGGAAUGGCACCAUCACUCAGUGCUCCUGAAAUGCAGCGUCGUUACCGAGCACGCCAUGAUGCAGACCCAGAGAGAAGACAAAAGUACCUUGAGACCGAGAUGUCAGCGAGACAGCGAGACAGGGAAAAAUAGGAUAGCAGAUGUCAGUGAGAGAGAGAAGCGUGUUCUAAGGAAAAAAUUGAGAGAGACGAAGAGAGAAGAAAACUCCAGAGCAACAGCCAGGGCAUAUUUUACCCCUCCCCCCACACCUCCCCCACUUCCUGAACAUGACCCAAUGCCAGGGCCCUCAAGGUUAGAGCAAGCUUGAAGCUGGGCACUUUAAUGAUUUAUUAGUCAGGAUCUAUUUGAGUUGUGUUCACAACAGUUCACAAUAUUUGUGCUCUAUUGUAUAUUACUAAACAUACUCUUUUUUAAUUGAUAGGUUUAUUGAUUCAUUCAUUGAAUAACAUAUUGAUUAAUUGAUUGGUCGAUUGAUUUAUUGAUUAGUUUACUGAUUACAAUACCAAUAGUCCUUACUGUGUUUUAGGCAAAGACAUCAAGGUCAAAGAAAGACCAACAAUACAAAGAAAACGCUCAUGAAAGAGAUCAAGAAACUUCAAGCCACCUUGGAAAAAGAGAAAAGGAAAAAUACAAGAGAUUCCAACACAUUAAGGAAAACUCAAAAUCUCCUCGCUCAAAAGUGAAUGCCAUGCUGAGACAUCAUCCUGUCCAUCCAACCAUUAGAAGAACCCUUCUGUUGUACUCAUCAUUGGUUGAAGACAUAAUAAAUAAAUAUCGCAACACCAGAAAAGACAAGGAGAGGCAGAUGAGUGCAAGAGUAACUAUUGGGAACAUAGUGAAGAAGUACCGACUGCAAAGGCUCAUCCAGACUACUCUAGGUUUUUCAAAGAAGAGUGCUGGAUUGGAUGGAUAUAUUUGUACCUUUGUGUGGAAGAAGAAAAACUGGGCAACUGCUGAAUCCAAGUAGGGAUGAUGUGAGCCACAUGACUACAGGGAGGAAACAAACUGUCACGCGAAACAAACAGAAGAUGCAUAAAAAGGUAGCUGACAGACAAUGAAGACUCUACACAAUAAGUUCCUGUCAGAAAGUCAAGACUCGAUCUCCUACUCUUUCUUCUGCACCUUUAGGCCAUUUUGGGUUGUGGCACCAACGGAAGCUGACCGUGAGACGUGCCAAUGUCUCAUGUCUAACAGCCUUUACAGCUGUGGGCUUUUAUCGUCCAGAAACUGCAGUGAAAGGCACAAUGAAGAUGCAUCAAGUGAAAAGUGUGUUGCCAGGUCACAUCAAGUACAGAGACAACCUGUCUCUGCCAAAGAGAUGAGGGGGUCAUGGCCUGUCCCUGCUUUGAGUUAACAGAAGCAUCUCUAGAAGCUGCUGAGGCUCCAAGAUCAGUGUGCACCAUUGAAACCCCGUGGCCACCAGAGCCCAUUCACUCUCACCAUAUUGGUCAGUGGUGUGUGGUGUCCUACGACAAUGAGCCAUACCCAGGAAUCAUAACAGAUGUGGAGGAGGAUAACAUCCAGGUCAAGUGUAUGCACCGUAAUAGAAUAAACUAAUUAUUCUGGCCAAGCCCACGCGACGACAUCAGCUGGUACACUGACCACCAGGUAAUAUGCCUGAUCCCAGAGCUUGGAGGUACAUAAAAUACCACUUUGGAAACCAUUGAGCUACAACUGGAGCAAAGGGACUUGCAGUAUGUGGAGGGGGGGAUGGAGCGGAGUGGAGAAAAGGCGAGAGGGGUGGAGUGGGAAGGGUUUUGGAAGGGAGUGAAGUGGAGGAGAGGUGAGGAGGUGAGAGGGAAGAAGGGGCACUUUUUAAAGGUUCAUGUAUCCUUAUAUGUAUGAGAUAUUUUAUAAAUGCUGUUAAACUUUUUGAAUAACCAUUUUUAUUAAGCUUGAACCAUGAGCCCAGAAUUGUUAGGAGCAAAAUGUGUAGGGCUGUUUAUCAUAAAAUGCCUGAACAAACUGUGAUUUUCAAAUACAAUCCAAUUGUUUUACAUCCAGCUAUGUUGUUCUAAUGGAAUACUCGUGUUUUAAUAAUCUGUUUUUAUGUUGUUUUACAAACUUUUAGGUUGACAAUGUUUUUAAAAAGACAAAGAAGUAAAUUGAAAAUUAAAUAAAUAGAAUGUGGUUCUAAUUAUAAAUGUAAUGUUUUUUUUAACCAUUUCACAGAUUUCAAAGUUCAUAAAAUAUCUUUAUUUGUUUAAAUAUUUUGUUCAUUAUUGGUGUUAGUUCCACCCUGUUAUUGCUUUCCACCCUGUUAUGCUUCAUUCCACCCUGUUAGGUCAGUGUUUUUAAAAAUCAUAAUUGAAAAAUACCAUCAAAUGUUAUGUAUACCUUUGUGGUAACUUGUAUAAAUAGAAGGGGUCAAAUACAAAAAUGUUGACCAAAUGAUGUUGUUAUUCACUCUUAUUAGGGUGUGGGGCAAAUGAAGAGCUGGUUCCGAAAAUAACACACGUUUCGCUUAAUAAUCUUUGAUUUAUAAUUAGUUUAAGUAAAUCAAUUAACGUAAUAGAGUAAGGGACAUUUGAUGUCUUUAGAAAAUCUAAAUAUAUACAUGCAUUGUUAACACUUUCAAAUAGUUAUGUGUAUGUCCCUAACAGGGUGGAAAUAUCCCAUAUUUAUUAGGAUUUAAGUGCCUGAGCUUGACCAAUAUGUUUUUCUGAAAGUCAAACAUGUCCUUUUUCUGAUAGAAUACAAAACAAAAUAAAAAUAUAUAAUUUUUUUCACAAAAGUGAUGUGGUCCGAAAGGCACCGCAUUGUAGGAAUGACCCAGGUGGGAUACUAUUAUUUACUAGCUACAGUUGAAGUCGGAAGUUUACAUACACUUAGGUUGGAGUCAUUAAAACUUGUUUUUCAACCACUCCACAAAUUUCUUGUUAACAAACUAUAGUUUUGGCAAGUCGGUUAGGACAUCUACUUUGUGCAUGACACAAGUAAUUUUUCCAACAAUUGUUUACAGACAGAUUAUUUCACUUAUAAUUCACUGUAUCACAAUUCCAGUGGGUCAGAAGUUUACAUACACUAAGUUGACUGUGCCUUUAAACAGCUUGGUAAAUUCCAGAAAAUGAAGCUUUAGAAGCUUCUGAUAGGCUAAUUGACAUCAUUUGAGUCAAUUGGAGGUGUACCUGUGGAUGUAUUUCAAGGCCUACCUUCAAACUCAAUGCCUCUUUCCUUGACAUCAUGGGAAAAUCAAAAGAAAUCAGCCAAGACCUCAGAAAAAAAAUGGUAGACCUCCACAAGUCUGGUUCAUCCUUGGGAGCAAUUUCCAAACGACUGAAGGUAACACGUUCACCUGUACAAAUAAUAGUAUGCAAGUAUAAACACCAUGGGACCACGCAGCCGUCAUACCGCUCAGGAUGGAGACGCGUUCUGUCUCCUAGAGAUUCAUGUACUUUGGAGCGAAAAGUGCAAAUCAAUCCCAGAACAACAGCAAAGGACCUUGUGAAGAUGCUGGAGGAAACAGGUACAAAAGUAUCUAUAUCCACAGUAAAACAAGUCCUAUAUCGACAUAACCUGAAAGGCCGCUCAGCAAGGAAGAAACCACUCCUCCAUAACCGGCAUAAAAAAUCCAGACUACGGUUUGCUACUGCACAUGGGGACAAAGAUCGUACUUUUUUGAGAAAUGUCCUCUGGUCUGAUGAAACAAAAAUAGAACUGUUUGGCCAUAAUGACCAUUGUUAUGUUUAGAGGUAAAAGGGGGCGGCUUGCAAGCCAAAGAACACCAUCCCAACCGUGAAGCACGGAGGUGGCAGCAUCAUGUUGUGGGGGUGCUUUGCUGCAGGAGGGACUGGUGCACUUCACAAAAUAGAUGGCAUCAUGAGGAAGGAAAAUUACGUGGAUAUAUUGAAGCAACAUCUCAAGACAUCAGUCAGGAAGUAAAAGCUUGGUCGCAAAUGUGUCUUCCAAAUGGACAAGGACCCCAAGCAUACUUCCAAAGUUGUGGCAAAAUGGCUUAAGGACAACAAAGUCAAGGUAUUGGAGUGGCCAUCACAAAGCCCUGACCUCAAUCCUAUAGAAGAUGUGUGGGCAGAACUGAAAAAGCGUGAGCGAGCAAGGAGGCCUACAAACCUGACUCAGUUACACCAGCUCUGUCAGGAGGAAUGGGCCAAAAUUCACCCAACUUUAUUGUGGAAGGCUACCCGAAACGUUUGACACAAGUUAAAUAAUUUAAAGGCAAUGCUACCAAAUACUAAUUGAGUGUAUGUAAACUUCUGACCCACUGGGAAUUUGAUGAAAGAAGUAAAAGCUGAAAUAAAUCAUUCUCUCUACUAUUAUUCUGACAUUUCACAUUCUUAAAAUAAAGUGGUGAUCCUAACUGACCUAAGACAAUUUUUAUACUAGGAUUAAAUGUCAGGAAUUGUGAAAAACUGAGUUUAAAUGUAGUUGCCUAAGGUGUAUGUAAACUUCCGACUUCAACUGUAUAUGUGCCACAUUGUACAUUAGUAACAGUAGAAUGUGUGAAAAGUACACACUUUUAACUUGCACAAUUGGCAUUGAAUAGCAUUUUGUGGAAGGAAUUGACUAACAAAAAGUGAUAUCAACCUACAGUACCAGCAUAGACAAGCCCUUGCUUGCAGUGGUACUCUGGUGUUAUCUUAUCAUCCAAGCAAACCCUGUCCACAGUCAAGCACUCAAUUCAUAUUUUCUGUUGUCAAGCAGAGCACGAGUCGUGGAAGAAGCUGAAGCUGGUGGAGAUCCACCAGGCCCUGAACAGUGACCCGGUGGACAUUGAGACCCUGCGGAGGGCGGCCGUCAGCGAGGGAGGCCUUCUAACAGAUGAGAUAAGGAGGAAAGUCUGGCCCAAGCUGCUCAGCGUCAACGUGUACAAGUUGCCUGCUAAACCUAGUGAGUAAGAGGUUUCAAUGUGAGGAUCUGUGUGUCCAUUGUUGCGAUUGGCCAUUGCCCUGAGCCAUGGCUUUAGACUACUAUGGCGUUUAACAUAAGACAUGGCUGUAGACUACUAUGAUCAUUACACUGUGUCAGAAGGCCUCUAGCUAUCUAUAGUCUGUUGAUGUAUGUUGACUGAAUGUAGCCUACUGUAACUUCAUUAAAUUCAGGUGACUUUUGUCAAUAUUGACUCAUUCCGUAGUCCUCAACACUGUGCAACAACGGAAUGUAAACGCCCCACAAGCAACAUUAAGGGCCUUUGGCAGUAGCACUGAUGCAUAUGUUCAACUGAAAACAAUGGUUGGGGAGGGGGGGACACUGAGCUGUUGUUUUGAUUCUCCUGAGUGGCGCAGUGGUCUAAGGCACUGCAUCGCAGUGCUAACUGUGCCACUAGAGAUUCUGGUUCGAAUCCAGGCUCUGUCGCAGCCGGCCGCGACCGGGAAACUCAUGGGUGGUGCACAAUUGGCCCAGCGUCGUCCAGGGUAGGGGAGGGAAUGGCCGACAGGGAUGUAGCUCAGUUGAUAGAGCAUGGCGUUUGCAACGCCAGGGUUGUGGGUUCGAUUCCCACGGGGGGGCCAGUAUAAAAAAAUAUGUAUUCACUAACUGUAAGUCGCUCUGGAUAAGAGCGUCUGCUAAAUGACUAAAAUGUAAAUGUAAAUUCUAGCUAAGGAUGUCAGAGAGAACCACAAGGACUUCAACCAGGUGCUGCUUGACGUCAGGAGGUCCAUGAAACGUUUCCCAAGAGGUAACUAACUCACUCAUUGUGCCAUUGAUCAAUUAUUAUAUUAUUAUUUUAUUAAGAUUAUUAUAUUGUAUAUUAGACCUAAUAUAGAAUAGAGUUAACUCACUGUGUCAUUGAUAGAUUAGAGUUAACUCACUCACAGUGGCAUUGAUCUGAUCAGUGUUCAGCUGAUAGGUCACUGCCUGUCCUCCCUCUGUCAGUUAACUCAGGGCCUUAACCAUCAUGGGGCAUCUCAAUAGUGGGUUUCAGUGGCUUCCUUAUAUCAUUAUCUUAUCUCCUUCCCUUUAUGAUGACCACUGAUUAAAGAAUACUAAUAUGGUGGAAACAGACUUCAAUCCUUCUAUCGACCAGAGACGGGCAGUGUAUAUCAGUGUCUAGACAGUGCUCUUGAAGUAAAGUAGAUGAUGAAAGCAAGCUAUUGGCAAGUAUUGAGACAUCUAGACACAAGUAUCUGAAACCCUAGUGAUUGCAGCUUGCUUUCGACACGUUGGUUGUUAAUAAAUGUAUUGCAUCAGAGCGAUAGUUUGUGGCUACCUCUACCUUCAGACACAGCUUUGCUCUCCCCCUCUCCCCAGGCAUGCGUGUGGACGAGAGGAAGGUAUUACAGGAACAGCUGAUUGAUAGCAUCCUGGUUGUCCUACAGAAGAACCCUGCGUUGCACUACUACCAGGGUUACCAUGACAUCGUGGUCACCUUCCUACUGGUGGUAGGGGAGCGCAUGGCCAUCGCCAUUGUGGAGACCCUCUCUAACCACCACCUCAGGUAGAUAUGAGGAAAUCAGAACACUUACUAUGAGACUCUUUAUGAAUACAUAAGGGCACAGACCUCCAGACCGGGGUUCAAAUAGUGUUUGAAAGAUUCCAAAAAUACUUUGAGCGUCUGCUUGAGCGUGCCUGUAGUGCCAAAUGGGCGGGCUUGGUAAUUUUGGGACAUAUUCCAUUGUGCCAGGCAAGCUCAAUCAAACACCGCUUAAGUAUUUUAAAGAUUUCAAAUAUUAUUUGAACCCAGGUCUGUUAUUAUACAUACCCCUUAUUAUACGAUUAUUACCCUAUUCUGACCACCAAAGAUGGCUUCCCCUCUCUGUCUAUCAUGGUCACAUUAUCCUCCUUCCCCUGCAGGGAUUUCAUGGAUCCUACCAUGGACAGCACCAAGCACAUAUUGAACUACCUGAUGCCAAUACUGGAGCAAGUUGAUCCAGAACUACAUGAUUUUAUGCUCAGGUAAUUCUUUGUUCUUUUUUUAUAAAUACAUUUACAUUUUAGGAGACGAUCUUAUCCAGAGUGACUUACAGGAGCAAUUAGGGUUAAAUGCAUUGCUCAAGGGUACAUCUGCAUAUUUUUCACCUAGUUGGCUUUGGGAUUCGAACCAGCGACAUUUCGGUUACUGGCCGAACGCUCUUAACCGCUAGGCUACCUGCCGUCCUAUGUGGAUUUGUUGCAGUAAGAGAGGUACAGAUCACAGUUCGUGGGACUUCAACUUCAAAUCUGUGUUUACUUGUGUCCUUUAGGGAAAUUGGAGAGACAGUUUCGCAGAUUAUUUGAGAAAAUAUCAAAUAACAGGUUUUAAUGGCAGAUAACAAGCUGCAAUGAAUACAUGUUCACUUUGAAGUAAUUCUACCAGUUUUCCCCAACUUCAAACUCUGAUUCAGAGCAAGAGUUGUCAAUGUUUUCAGUUGAUACCAGUGUAAUCUAUUUAGUUUUAUUAUGUGUUAAAGAAAAAAACUUUUUCAGUUUCUACAGUGAGCUCCAAAAGUAUUGGGACAGUGACACAUUUUUGGUUGUUUUGGCUCUGUACUCCAGCACUUUGGAUUUGAAAUGAUACAAUGAUAUAAAGUUAAAGUGCAGACUGUCAGCUUUAAUUGGAGGGUAUUUUCAUCCAUAUCGAGUGAACCGUUUAGAAAUUACAGUACUUUUUGUACAUAGUACCCCAAUUUUAGGGAACCAAAUGUAUUGGGACAAAUUCACUUACAGUGAGGGAAAAAAGUAUUUGAUCCCCUGCUGAUUUUGUACGUUUGCCCACUGACAAAGACAUGAUCAGUCUAUAAUUUUAAUGGUAGGUUUAUUUGAACAGUGAGAGAUAGAAUAACAAUAAAAAAAUCCAGAAAAACGCAUGUCAAAAAUGUUAUAAAUUGAUUUGCAUUUUAAUGAGGGAAAUAAGUAUUUGACCCCUCUGCAAAACAUGACUUAGUACUUGCUGGCAAAACCGGCAAAACCAGACGUUUCUUGUAGUUGGCCACCAGGUUUGCACACAUCUCAGGGGGGAUUUUGUCCCACUCCUCUUUGCAGAUCUUCUCCAAGUCAUUAAGGUUUUGAGGCUGACGUUUGGCAACUCGAACCUUCAGCUCCCUCCACAGAUUUUCUAUGGGAUUAAGGUCUGGAGACUGGCUAGGCCACUCCAGGACCUUAAUGUGCUUCUUCUUGAGCCACUCCUUUGUUGCCUUGGCCGUGUGUUUUGGGUCAUUGUCAUGCUGGAAUACCCAUCCACGACCCAUUUUCAAUGCCCUGGCUGAGGGAAGGAGGUUCUCACCCAAUAUUUGACGGUACAUGGCCCCGUCCAUCCUCCCUUUGAUGCGGUAAAGUUGUCCUGUCCCCUUAGCAGAAAAACACCCCCAAAGCAUAAUGUUUCCACCUCCAUGUUUGACGGUGGGGAUGGUGUUCUUGGGGUCAUAGGCAGCAUUCCUCCUCCUCCAAACAUGGCGAGUUGAGUUGAUGCCAAAGAGCUCCAUUUUGGUCUCAUCUGACCACAACACUUUCACCCAGUUCUCCUCUGAAUCAUUCAGAUGUUCAUUGGCAAACUUCAGACGGGCCCUGUAUAUGUGCUUUCUUGAGCAGGGGGACCUUGCGGGCGCUGCAGGAUUUCAGGCUUUCACGGCGUAGUGUGUUACCAAUUGUUUUCUUGGUGACUAUGGUCCCAGCUGCCUUGAGAUCAUUGACAAGAUCCUCCCGUGUAGUUCUGGGCUGAUUCCUCACCGUUCUCAUGAUCAUUGCAACUCCACGAGGUGAGAUCUUGCAUGGAGCCCCAGGCCGAGGGAGAUAGACAGUUAUUUUGUGUUUCUUCCAUUUGCGAAUAAUCGCACCAACUGUUGUCACCUUCUCACCAAGCUGCUUGGCGAUGGUCUUGUAGCCCAUUCCAGCCUUGUGUAGGUCUACAAUCUUGUUCCUGACAUCCUUGGAGAGCUCUUUGGUCUUGGCAAUGGUGGAGAGUUUGGAAUCUGAUUGAUUGAUUGCUUCUGUGGACAGGUGUCUUUCAUACAGGUAACAAGCUGAGAUUAGGAGCACUCCCUUUAAGAGUGUGCUCCUAAUCUCAGCUCGUUACCUGUAUAAAAUACACCUGGUAGCCAGAAAUCUUUCUAAUUGAGAGGGGGUCAAAUACUUAUUUCCCUCAUUAAAAUGCAAAUCAAUUUAUAACAUUUAUGACAUGCGUUUUUCUGGAUUUUUGUUGUUGUUAUUCUGUCUCUCACUGUUCAAAUAAACCUACCAUUAAAAUUAUAGACUGAUAAUUUCUUUGUCAGUGGGCAAACGUACAAAAUCAGCAGGGGAUCAAAUACUCCUGAGUGGCACAGUGGUCUAAGGCACUGCAUCGCAGUGCUAACUGUGCCACUAGAGAUCCUGGUUCGAAUCCAGGCUCUGUCGCAGCCGGCCGUGACCGGGAGACUCAUGGGCGGCGCACAAUUGGCCCAGCGUCGUCCAGGGUAGGGGAGGGAAUGGCCGGCAGGGAUGUAGCUCAGUUGAUAGAGCAUGGCGUUUGCAACGCCAGGGUUAUGGGUUCGUUUCCCACGGAGGGCCAGUAUAAAAAAAUAUAUAUAUAUGUAUUCACUAACUCUAAAUCGCUCUGGAUAAGAGCGUCUGCUAAAUGACUUAAAAUGUAAAUACUUUUUUUUUCUCCACAUUUUGUUGUGCUACAGCCUGCAUUUAAAAUGGAUUAAAUAGAGGUUCUGUGUCACUGAUCUACACACAAUACCCCACAAUGUCACAUUUUUACAAAUGAAUUAAAAAUAAAAAGCUGAAAUGUCUUGAGUCAAUAAGUAUUCAACCCAUUUGUUAUGGCAAACCUAAAUAAGUUCAGAAGUAAACAUGUGCUUAACAAGUCACAUUAUAAGUUGCAUGGACUGUGUGAAAUAAUAGUGUUUAACAUGAUUUUUGAAUGACUACCUCAUCUCUGUACCCCACACAUACAAUUAUCAGUCGAGCAGUGAAUUUCAAACACAGAUUCAACCACAAAGACCAGGGAGGGUACCUAUUGGUAGAUGGCUACAAAUAUAAAAAGCAGACAUUGAAUAUUCCUUAAAUAUUAAACUUUGGAUGGUGUAUCAAUACAACCAGUCACUCCAAAGAUACAGGCGUCCUUCCUAGCUCAGUUGCUGGAGAGGAAGGAGAAUGUAUGGAUCAACAACAUUGUAGUUACUCCACAAUACUAACCUAAUUGACAGAGUGAAAAGAAGGAAGCCUGUACAGAAUAAAAAUAUUCCAAAACAUGCAUCCUGUUUGCAACAAGGCACUAAAGUAAAACUGCAAAAAAUGUGGCAAUUAAAUUAACUUUUGUUUUGUUCUUUUUAACUUUUUGUCCUGAAUACAAAGUGUUAUGUUUGGGGCAAAUCCAAUACAGCACAUCACUGAAUACCACUCUUCAUAUUUUCAAGCAUGAUGGUGGCUGCAUCAUGUUAUGGGUAUGCUUGUCAUUGGUCAGGACUAGGGAGUUUUUUAGAAUAGAAAUAAACAGAAUAGCGCUAAGCACAGGCAAAAUCCUAGAGGAAAACCUGGUUCAGACUGCUUUCCAACAGACACUGGGAGACAAAUUCACCUUUCAGCAGGACAAUAACCUAAAACACAAGGCCAGAUAUACACUGGAGUUGCUUACCAAGACGACAUUGAAUGUUCCUGAGUUACAGUUUUGAUUUCAAUCGACUUGAAAAUCUAUGGCAAGACUUGAAAAUGGCUGUCUAGCAAUGAAAAACAACGAACUUGACAGAGCUUGAAGAAUUUAAAAAGAAAAUGUGCAAAUAUUGUACAAUCCAGGUGUGGGAAGCUUUUAGAGACUUACACAGAAAGAUUCAUGGAUGUAAUCGCUGCCAAAGGUGAUUUUAACAUGUAUUGACUCAGGGAUGUGAGUACUAAUGUACAGUGAUUCGGAAAGUAUUCAGACCCCUUGACUUUUUCCACAUUUUGUUACGAUACUGCCCUAUUCUAAAAUGUACAAAAUAGUUUUUUUCCCCCUCAUCAAUCUACACACAAUACCCCAUAAUGACAAAGCAAAAACACGUUUUACAUUUUCUUUGCAAAAAGGACCAAGGCCUUUCUCCCCCGAUUGCUCAGUUUGGCCUGUCGGCCAGCUUUAGGAAGAGUCUUGGUGGUUCCAAACUUCUUCCAUUUAUGAAUGAUGGAGGCCACUGUGUUCUUGGGGACAUUCAAUGCUGCAGACAUUUUUUGGUACCCUUUCCCAGAUCUGUGCCUCGACACAAUCCUGUCUCGGAGCUCUACGGACAAUUCCUUCGACCUCAUGGCUUGGUUUUUGCUCUGACAUGCACUGUCAACUGUGAAACCUUAUAUAGACAGGUGUGUGCCUUUCCAAAUCAUGUCCAAUCAAAUUAAUUUACCACAGGUGGACUCCAAUCAAGUUGUAGAAACAUCUCAAGGAUGAUCAAUGGAAACAGGAUGCACAUGAGCUAAAUUCCAAGUCUCAUAGCAAAGGAUCUGAAUACUUAUGUAAAUAAGGUAUUUCUGUUUUUAAUAAAUUAGCUAAAAUUGGUGAAAUCCUGUUUUCGCUUUGUCAUUAUGGGGUAUUGUGUGUAGAUUGAUGAGGGGAAAAAAAUACUUGUAUCCAUUUUAGAAUAAGGCUGUAACGUAACAAUGUGGAAAAAGUGAAGGGGUCUGAAUACUUUCCGAAUGCACUUUAUGUGAAUCAAAAGUUUAGCAUUUGGUCCCAUAUUCCUAGCACACAAUGAUUACAUCAAGCUUGUGACUAUAAACUUGUUGGAUGCAUUUGCUGUUUGUUUUGGUUGUUUCAGAUUAUUUUGUGCCCAAUAGAAAUGUAUGGUAAAUAAUGUAUUUUGUCAUUUUGGAGUCACUUUUAUUGUAAAUAAGAAUAUAAUAUGUUUCAAAACAGUUCUACAUUCAUGUGGAUGCUUCCGUGAUUACGGAUCGUCCUAAAUGAAUUGUGAAUAAUGAUGAGUGAGAAAGUUAGACGCACAAAUAUCAUACCCCCAAUACAUGCUAACCUCUCACCAUUACAAUUAAAGGGGAGGUUAGCAUUUGUUGUGGGUUAUGAUAUUUAUGCCUCUGUAACUUUCUCACUCAUCAUUAUUCGUGAUUCAUUCAGGACUAUCCGUAAUCAUGGUAGCAUCCACAUUAAUGAAGAGGUGUUGAAAAUACCCUCAAAUUAAAGCUGACAGUCUGCACUUUAACCUCAUAGUCAUUGUAUCAUUUCAAAUCCAAAGAGUACAGAGCCAAAACAGCAAAACAUUUGUCACUCUCCCAAUACUUUUGUAGCUCACUGUAUAUUUGCAGUUGUGACUAAUGAUCGGCGUCCAUAUUCAUGAAGGCUGUCAAAGUAGGAGUGCUGAUCUGGGAUCAGGUCCCCCCUGUCCAUGUAAUCUUGUUCAUGAUGAUCCAAAAGACAAAACUGAUCCUAGAUCAGCACUUACUCUGAGACACUUUAUUAAUAUAGUCCCCUGCUUCCCACUCUUCUCUCCUGAAGGGGGCAGUAAGGGUGUGCAUGUUCUUCUUGGAAAAGGAGGUUGUUGCAGCCAGGAUUGAGUCAAACUAAGAGAUAUGGAGUAAAAAUCCAUCCGAUCGAUUGCUUCUAUCUCUCUCCACCUGCCUUGCCUUAGCUAGGCUACUGUACCCCUGAGCCAGCUGGACUAGUGUGUAGUAUGAGACUACAGAUCUGAGGGAGAUGGAGAAAGGAUGGAAGACUGUGGAUUUCUUAUUUAUCAUAGAUAUAUUUUGGGCUCCUGAUGCAUUUGUAUAAUUGAUGGUCUGACAAGAAUGUUUGCGGUGAGAUUUAAUUGAGAAGACUGAGUUAAGAGCGGGCCCUGGUUUCCUGUCUCCACAGCUAACUGUCAGGCAGUCAAAGGAUUCCACAGCCUUCCACUGUGCUGUCACUGUGUUCUCUGUUUUUUUUCAAUGUCACAUUGGCUCUUGAUUGUCAACCAUCUUAAGGUUUUCUCCACAUCAAUAUGAUUGCUGCACUGACAAGUCACUAUUAGCAUGGUUGAGGACUUUCUUUUUACACGCUAGACAUGUUUUUCAUCCAUCUCCGAGGAGAAAUGGAACGCAGCAGACAAACAAUAUUUUGACUCGAGCUGAAGCAGUGUUUUAUUUUACUGUUCGUCAAAGUUGUGUGACUAUAUCCCUCUAAAACCCCAGCAUUGUGUGUGGUGUACUAAAACACACUACCAUGGUAUUAGAUAUUCUCCUAGUCGUAUUUACACUGUGUUCUGGGUGUGUGUUGUGUUGGAAUGUUAUGGGGUAAGCUGUAGCACAUACAGUGAGGGAAAAAAGUAUUUGAUCCCCUGCUUAUUUUGUACGUUUGCCCACUGACAAAGAAAUGAUCAGUCUAUAAUUUUAAUGGUAGGUUUAUUUGAACAGUGAGAGACAGAAUAACAACAAAAUAAUCCAGAAAAACGCAUGUCAAAAAUGUUAUAAAUUGAUUUGCAUUUUAAUGAGGGAAAUAAGUAUUUGACCCCCUCUCAAUCAGAAAGAUUUCUGGCUCCUAGGUGUCUUUUAUACAGGUAACGAGCUGAGAUUAGGAGCACACUCUUAAAGGGAGUGCUCCUAAUCUCAGUUUGUUACCUGAAUAAAAGACACCUGUCCACAGAAGCAAUCAAUCAAUCAGAUUCCAAACUCUCCACCAUGGCCAAGACCAAAGAGCUCUCCAAGGAUGUCAGGGACAAGAUUGUAGACCUACACAAGGCUGGAAUGGGCCACAGACCAUCGCCAAGCAGCUUGGUGAGAAGGUGGCAACAGUUGGUGCGAUUAUUUGCAAAUGGAAGAAACACAAAAGACCUGUCAAUCUCCCUCGGCAUGGGGCUCCAUGCAAGAUCUCACCUCGUGGAGUUGCAAUGAUCAUGAGAACGGUGAGGAAUCAGCCCAGAACUACACGGGAGGAUCUAGUCAAUGAUCUCAAGGCAGCUGGGACCAUAGUCACCAAGAAAACAAUUGGUAACACACUACGCCGUGAAGGACUGAAAUCCUGCAGCGCCCGCAAGGUCCCCCUGCUCAAGAAAGCACAUAUACAGGGCCGUCUGAAGUUUGCCAAUGAACAUCUGAAUGAUUCAGAGGAGAACUGGGUGAAAGUGUUGAGAUCAGAUGAGACCAAAAUCGAGCUCUUUGGCAUCAACUCAACUCGCCGUGUUUGGAGGAGGAGGAAUGCUGCCUAUGACCCCAAGAACACCAUCCCCACCGUCAAACAUGGAGGUGGAAACAUAAUGCUUUGGGGGUGUUUUUCUGCUAAGGGGACAGGACAACUUCACCGCAUCAAAGGGACGAUGGACGGGGCCAUGUACCGUCAAAUCUUGGGUGAGAACCUCCUUCCCUCAGCCAGGGCAUUGAAAAUGGGUCGUGGAUGGGUAUUCCAGCAUGACAAUGACCCAAAACACAUGGCCAAGGCAACAAAGGAGUGGCUCAAGAAGAAGCACAUUAAGGUCCUGGAGUGGCCUAGCCAGUCUCCAGACCUUAAUCCCAUAGAAAAUCUGUGGAGGGAGCUGAAGGUUUGAGUUGCCAAGCGUUAGCCUGGAAACCUUAAUGACUUGGAGAAGAUCUGCAAAGAGGAGUGGAACAAAAUCCCUCCUGAGAUGUGUGCAAACCUGGUGGCCAACUACAAGAAAUGUCUGACCUCUGUGAUUGCCAACAAGGGUUUUGCCACCAAGUACUAAGUCAUGUUUUGCAGAGGGGUCAAAUACUUAUUUCCCUCAUUAAAAUGCAAAUCAAUUUAUAACAUUUUUGACAUGCGUUUUUCUGAAUUGUUUUGUUGUUAUUCUGUCUCUCACUGUUCAAAUAAACCUACCAUUAAAAUUAUAGACUGAUCAUGUCUUUGUCAGUGGGCAAACGUACAAAAUCAGCAGGGGAUCAAAUACUUUUUUCCCUCACUGUAAACCUCUAGUCUUGAUUGCUUGUCUAUUUCCUUCUCUUUCUCUCUGUCUCUAGUCUUGAGUCUCUCCCUCUCUCUCUCACACUCUCUCCAUCUCUCUCUUUCUUUCUCUGUUGCGUGCAGUGCCUCCCCAGUCCUUGAUAGAAAAAGUUAUUCUUGAUAGUGGCACCAUCUAAAAUGUAGAGAAUACGAGGGCUAGUGAUAAAUAUUGAAUAGGGGUGCAUCUUGGAAGUAGUGCACUAUAUAGAGCAUAGGGUACUAUUUGAGACAGAGCCAAGGAGAUGGAAGCUCACAGGUUGAAUGAUGUUGCACUGUCUGGCCCUGCUGCUGCUGCGGCCACUGCUUUUAGGCUACCUCAAGACUGCUGAGGAAAUGUUCAUGAAAGUAUUGGACGCUAGAAUGGUUAAAUAGCCUCGUUUUUUUACAAAUAGGCCCUACUUAAUUUUUUAAUUGAAAUUUUACAACGGCAAGUCAUUUGACAACACAAUGACUGUUGCUGUUGUGGUUGCCGUCCUAAAUGUUCAGUUAGCUAUAGAGUUGCCUAUGGAUGUAAUAAUAAUAAUAAUAAUAAUAAUAAUAACACAUUUUCGGCUUCUAAAAUAGAGCUGCAUUAAGCGCUGCAGUCCAAAGGGGUUCUGUAGUGAACCAUGGCUAAUGCCUUGCCUUUAGAACUGGGUUCUCGGUAUUCUAUAAUUUCAUCAUCAGUGUGUGUCCGUCCUUACUCACAGGAACUGGCAUAAGCAUAACUUGGCUGUGUCCCAAAUGGCACCCUAUUCCCUAUAUAGUGCACUACUUUUAACGAGAGCCGUAUGGGACGUACUCGUAGCCCUUGAUAUAUUCACACAUUUCUCUCAGACUUGCAUUGCCCACUUUGCAGGCUAAUGCAGGUUAAGUGGUGGGCUGUCCUGAGGUAAUCAUCGCAGAAUAAGGAGAUUUGGUUUACUGUACAUCAACUAGUGGGAUAUCAACUGGUGUAUUUUAAUUAGCCAGUGUAAAAAUGAGCUGUUGCUCUUGAUAAUGAGGGGUUAAACAAUGUUGUUGCUGCUGUUUAUUCCCUCUGUAAAGUGUAUGGAGACUCUGUGACGAAGCACUUUAAAUCAAAUUUGACUUAACUUGUUCAUAAUGGCAUAGGGUGGUCAAGAGGUCUAAGCCGCUUCCUCCAGAUCUCAUAUAUUGCUGCAGUAUGGGUUUGAAUACGGCCCACUGUUAUUUCAGCACACUCUCUCCUCUAUCUCUACCUCUGUCCUAUCCUAUAAACAAACACAUACAAUAAUAAUAACUGACUAACUUGUUCAUAUGUGUUGCAGGGCCGAGGUGGGAACCAUCUUUGCUCUGAGCUGGCUCAUCACAUGGUACGGCCACGUCCUGUCUGAGUUCCGUCACGUCCUCAGGCUCUAUGACUUCUUCCUGGCUUCACACCCACUCAUGGCCAUCUACUUCGCUGCCGUGGUAAGAACCAAUAUUUAAACUGUGACCUCUCUGUUUAUAGAAUAGAGUAAUAUAGAAUAAAAUACUAGAAUAGAAUAGCUAGGUUAUUGUCCAUUUUGUAAGGAAUGGAAAUGUCUUGUGCCUUACUCUGUACCUAAAAUCAUUUUUUUCAGUGCAUCUCGCCAUCUGCUUCCAAGUUGUCUGCUGGACAUAAUUAUUUUAUGGGGGCAGUGUGUAUUGUUUUAUAAGUGAGCGACAGUAAUUUGGGCAUUUUACAAUCUGAAGGGAAUUCAGAGAUGCAUUCUUAUUUGUUGUACAGUAGUUGCUAAUGAACAAGAAAACACUCAUUAGUCUGCACAUUCAACUAAGCGCUUAUUAGAUGGUAUUGGGGAAACGAUAUCUCGCCAAACUUCAAACGUAUGUUUCUCGCUCGGCCCUUUGUAAAUUGAGUUGUUUUGUGACUACUUGGCAACGGGAAGAAAAAAAAAUAGGCAAGGAUUUCUCUUUUCUUACAUGCACGACACACACACACACACACACACACACACACACACACACACACACACACACACACAGGAAUCCAGGGCACUUUGUUGUAGCUAGACCAGUUAAUUAAACAACUCUAAUGAACUCACCAGAGGUUUGGUGUGGAGGACUGGCUGUGUUUGUGCUAGAUUGCUUUAAAUGGCCCCUUUCUUCUCCUUCCAUAAGCCUAUCCCCUGCUAGAUACUGGAGCUGCACACAAACCAAAGGGGGCUGAGGCCUUUUGAAGUCGGGAUAACAAGGCAGUCAGGAAAUGUAGUUCAUCCUGCCUCUUAUGUUACUAGACACAGGGAGGCUUAACCCUUUCAGUCUGCGCCGAGCCAAAACCCAAUACCGCUACUCACCGGGCCAAAACCCUGAAUCGUUACUCACUGGGCCACAACCCUGAACCGUUACUCACCGCGCAUCUCCUGGAACAGAAAAGAGUCUGGGGUAUGAGUCUGCUGAGGUAGAUGGUAGAUUUACAUUUUAGUCAUUUAGCAGACUCUCUUAUACAGAGCGACUACAAUUAGUGCACUCAUCUUGAGACAACCAGAUAUCACAGUCGUAGCAAGUACAUUUUCCCUCAAUAAAGUACUUAUCUUCAAAGUCAGUGCUGGUAGGAAAAGACAAGUGUAUUUAAACAAAUAUAUAAUUGGUAGGUUGGUCUACUAUGUAUGUCGAUUUAAAAUGUCUUAAUUAAGGAUGUUGAGGCAUAUCUUCAACAGUUAGCAAAAGAGUGUAGCUAGACGAACUGUAACUACUCUACUGAAUGGUUGAAUGGGACAAAGCUAAUAUAAUAACCUGCUAAUAUUCUGUCUCGUUUAUAGAUCGUCCUGCACAGGGAGAAGGAGGUGAAGCAAACCGAGUGUGACAUGGCCAUGGUGCACCACCUCCUGUCCCAGAUCCCCCAGGACCUGCCCUACGAGGAGCUCAUCACCCAGGCCCACUGCCUCUUCACCCUCUACCCUCCCUCCCUGCUGGCCAAGCGAGCUGCUCUGCAGUCCCGCAAGAGGUGAGAGGGUCAGGGUCUCCCUGUAUAACUUACCAUACCCUUUACCUUAUAGGGGGGGGGGGGGGGGUUACUGUGCUUCAACUAAAUCCAGUGUUGUGACUACUGUUGCCAGGAGGACUUGUGAGCUAAAGAACAGAGUCUGCUGUUACAUCAGAACAUGAGGAUAUGUGGACCAUGCCAGUCACAUAAUACAGGAGGAGGAGAUAUUACAUGGAAGAGAAUGUAGCACAGUGAGAUUGGGCUUGUAGACAGUGUAACAUUAUCUUCAGUGUAGCCACAGCAGGGGGUUCUGUCUUCUGCAAAGGAUGGGUCUUUUACUAUGCAGGCCUGGCCAUGGAUCCUCUAGACCCCUCAAACUCAACUCUGGAUCUCGAAACCAGUUCCACUGCUUUUUUCAUAGUUCCCCUCUAAUUUUGUAUUUGUAUUUAUUACGGAUCCCCAUUAGCGGCUGCCAAGGCAGCAGCUACUCUUCCUGGGGUCUAACCACAAUUUACAUACAAUAAAACAAUACAUAACACAACACCUUAUUACACACUACUCUACCAUAACAUAUUUACAAUACAAAAUCAACAAUAAUGCAAAAUAACAAUAUUAAAAUGUGUGCGUGUAGAGUGCGUGUGUUAGCAUGUAAUCAGGGACUAAUUUAGACCUGGGACACCAGGGCAGUUGGGUGCAAUUAAUUAUCAGGUAGAACAGAAAACCAGCAGUACUCCGGACCUUGUAGGGUAAGAUUUGAAUACCCCUCCAGGAAACUACAACAUACAUUUUAUUCAAAUAUCCAACAAUCAGCUUCUAGUCUGAACUGGCCUGAAACAGGGAAUGUGAGGAGAGAUAGUCCUCUCUGUAGUAUUAGCAGUAGAUCCAACUUUGUUCAGAGCAGAGCAGAGCAGAGCAGAGCAGAGCAGAGUAGAGCAGCGUAAAGGGAUGUAGCUCAGUUGGUAGAGCAUGGUGUUUGCAAUGCCAGGGUUGUGGGUUUGAUUCCCAAGGGGGGCCAGUAUGUAAAAAUAAUGUAUGCACUCACAAACUGUAAGUCGCUCUGGAUAAGAGCGUCUGCUAAAUGACGUAAAUGUAAAUGUAAAUGUAAAGCACUCUUGUGGUCCUCUGGGAUUUGUUUUUCCACAUGUCCAGCAGGUGGGGCUGUUGAGCAGCAAGUCCCCCAGCCCACACCACAGUGACUCCCUGCUGCUGGAGCUGAUCCUCUUCCUCCUUAGUGUCUAUUGUGAUGUGGCUGACGUUCAGUCCUGCCUGUCUGCAUCCCAGCCCUUUGUAUGUAAACGCUAUCUGUCAGUCUGCGAGAUUGAGCCUGCAGAUUCUGGCGUUUUUUGAAUAUACUUUUUUUUUUACAGGUAGGCUGCUAGGCUCACCUUUAUGAUGCUAUCAACACCAGUGGGAGGUUAUGAGUACCUUUACCUUGCCCACAAGAGCAAUGUUGUUCUCCCUCUAUUCAUGUCUCCUUCCUAAGGAGAAAUGUCAUCUAAAUUGGACAGAAAUCUGGUUCAUUUUAGAUCUGACAGCUUUUCUGAUUCUCUCGCUACCUGCAAUUGCCUGUCUCUUGUCAGAAAAGGUUGUCUAGAGAGAUGGGGUUGUUAGUAGUCGGUGGCUCUGAGUUUGGGGUGUCUUCUCCUCUUUUGAAUGUCACACUCGUCACACCACGGCAUUGGAGGCCCCUUGUGCUACCUAAUAAAUAAGCCUCGUCCCUAGGUAAUUAAUGGGCUGUCUGAUUUAGCAUGCAGACCCCCCCCCCCAUCCUCCCCCUUUUAAGCAUCUGUGGCCUCCGAGGAAAGGGGGGGGGGGGUACAUAGCCUCCUGUAUUGUUCUCAAGACAGAGAUGAGAUGAGCAGCCCUCACCGCACUCCAACCCCUGGCUUCUGGCUCUAUUUGUCUGACUGACCUUAGAGUGGGCUGCAAUGGGGAAAAUUUAGCAAUGUAGUGGUUUCCCUCAAGAGGCAGGGGAAUGGCGGUGAGGGUGACCCCCAAAUGUUCUUCACAAUGGAUACACCCCCCCGUGCUGCAGGCUCUUUUCCCCCAAUCUGCUCAUAGUUGUAGGCCUUUGUGCUUUGGAGGAGAUUUAAAAUACUUGUUGGAUCUCUUACAGGUUUUCUUUUUAAUAUCAGCUUCUUUUCAGGCCUUUUCAGUGAUUUUUUUAGGAUUAAGAAACAUUGUGAUGUAUCACAAUCAAAUCUAAUCAACAGAGUGAAACCCCCUAAAAACAGAAUAUUCCACUUCCGUACUGCAGAAGCCGCCACCUGUAACCCACCCAGUGCAUCAGCUCCUCCAGCAGCGGUUGGUUGGCUGGCUAGUUGGGUUUGGUGUGUGAGGUGGCUGGCCCAGCAGGACUGUGAUAUCACCUCAGGCACAUCUUUGAGCUGUGGGCCAGGCGGUGGGGGGUUGGAGUGGGGGCUGGCUCAGUGGCGGUUUCUGUGCAGAGACAGCGAGCAUGCUGGGAAGCACAGAGGCUUUGGAAACGGAUUAGCCAGUUAGACCUUGUGCACAAUCACCUCUGAAAGUGCUCCCUCAGACGAGAAACGAACAAAUGCCUCUGCACUCAUUUUUCCUUCCUCUCUCAUACUCAGCCUAAAAACAGGGGCUUCAUACGCAAAGGCAAUGGAUGUUGGUGAACAAGUCAGUGUGUUAACCUCUUGAAGGUUGAAUUUUUCUCAUCCAUUUUUACCUCUCUAGCAGAUAAACAUGCCCCUUUCAAGCGACUCAGAGUCAAAAACCGAACUAAUCCAUGGUACUCUCCUGUACUCAAAUCAAAUCACAUUUUAUUUGCCACAUGCGCCGAAUACAUUACUGUGAAAUGCUUACUUACAGGUCUUAACCAACAAUGCAUUUAUUUUUUCAUAAAAAUGUAAAAUAAAACAACAACAAAAAAGUGUUGAGAAAAAAAGAGAAGACGUAAAAUAAAAUAAAAGUAGGGAGGCUAUGGGGGAAAAAAGUGGGGGAAAAAAGUAUUUAGUCAGCCACCAAUUGUGCAAGUUCUCCCACUUAAAAAGAUGAGAGAGGCCUGUAAUUUUCAUCAUAGGUACACGUCAACUAUGACAGACAAAAUGAGAAAAAAAAUCCUGAAAAUCACAUUGUAGGAUUUUUAAUGAAUUUAUUUGCAAAUUAUGGUGGAAAAUAAGUAUUUGGUCAAUAACAAAAGUUUCUCAAUACUUUGUUGGCAAUGACACAGGUCAAACGUUUUCUGUAAGUCUUCACAAGGUUUUCACACACUGUUGCUGGUAUUUUGGCCCAUUCCUCCAUGCAGAUCUCCUCUAGAGCAGUGAUGUUUUGGGGCUGUCGCUGGGCAACACGGACUUUCAACUCCCUCCAAAGAUUUUCUAUGGGGUUGAGAUCUGGAGACUGGCUAGGCCACUCCAGGACCUUGAAAUGCUUCUUACGAAGCCACUCCUUCGUUGCCCGGGCGGUGUGUUUGGGAUCAUUGUCAUGCUGAAAGACCCAGCCACGUUUCAUCUUCAAUGCCCUUGCUGAUGGAAGGAGGUUUUCACUCAAAAUCUCACGAUACAUGGCCCCAUUCAUUCUUUCCUUUACACGGAUCAGUCGUCCUGGUCCCUUUGCAGAAAAACAGCCCCAAAGCAUGAUGUUUCCACCCCCAUGCUUCACAGUAGGUAUGGUGUUCUUGGGAUGCAACUCAGCAUUCUUUGUCCCCCAAACACGACGAGUUGAGUUUUUACAAAAAAGUUAUAUUUUGGUUUCAUCUGACCAUAUGACAUUCUCCCAAACCUCUUCUGGAUCAUCCAAAUGCACUCUAGCAAACUUCAGACGGGCCUGGACAUGUACUGGCUUAAGCAGGGGGACACGUCUGGCACUGCAGGAUUUGAGUCCCUGGCGGCGUAGUGUGUUACUGAUGGUAGGCUUUGUUACUUUGGUCCCAGCUCUCUGCAGGUCAUUCACUAGGUCCCCCCGUGUGGUUCUGGGAUUUUUGCUCACCGUUCUUGUGAUCAUUUUGACCCCACGGGGUGAGAUCUUGCGUGGAGCCCCAGAUCGAGGGAGAUUAUCAGUGGUCUUGUAUGUCUUCCAUUUCCUAAUAAUUGCUCCCACAGUUGAUUUCUUCAAACCAAGCUGCUUACCUAUUGCAGAUUCAGUCUUCCCAGCCUGGUGCAGGUCUACAAUUUUGUUUCUGGUGUCCUUUGACAGCUCUUUGGUCUUGGCCAUAGUGGAGUUUGGAGUGUGACAGUUUGAGGUUGUGGACAGGUGUCUUUUAUACUGAUAACAAGUUCAAACAGGUGCCAUUAAUACAGGUAACGAGUGGAGGACAGAGGAGCCUCUUAAAGAAGAAGUUACAGGUCUGUGAGAGCCAGAAAUCUUGCUUGUUUGUAGGUGACCAAAUACUUAUUUUCCACCAUAAUUUGCAAAUAAAUUCAUUAAAAAUCCUACAAUGUGAUUUUCUGGAGAAAGAAAAUCUCAAUUUGUCUGUCAUAGUUGACGUGUACCUAUGAUGAAAAUUACAGGCCUCUCUCAUCUUUUUAAGUGGGAGAACUUGCACAAUUGGUGGCUGACUAAAUACUUUUUUUCCCCAUUGUACAGGGGGGUACCGGUGCAGAGUCCAUGUGCGGGGGCACCGGCUAGUUGAGGUAAUAUGUACAUGUGGGUAGAGUUAAAGUGACUAUGCAUUAAUAAUUAACAGAGUAGCAGCAGCGUAAAAAGAUGGGGUGGGGGGGAUAGUGCAAAUAGUCCGGGUAGCCAUGAUUAGCUGUUCAGGAGUCUUAUGGCUUGGUGGUAGAAGCUGUUGAAAAGCCUUUUGGACCUAGACUUGGCGCUCCGGUACCGCUUGCCGUGCGGUAGCAGAGAGAACAGUCUAUGACUAGGGUGGCUGAGUCUUUGACAAUUUUGAGGGCCUUCCUCUGACACCGCCUGGUAUAGAGGUCCUGGAUGGCAGGAAGUUUGGCCCCAGUGAUGUACUGGGCCGUACGCACUACCCUCUGUAGUGCCUUGCGGUCGGAGGCCGGGCAGUUGCCAUACCAGGCGGUGAUGCAACCAGUCAGGAUGCUCUCGAUGGUGCAGCUGUAGAAUUUUUUGAGGAUCUGAGGACCCAUGCCAAGUCUUUUCAGUCUCCUGAAAGACCUCUUGAUAAGAAAUCAAGCCUGGGCCAAGGCUAGACAAACUGUCUCGUUAGCUGAUUGGCAGCUAUUUAGGUAAUUGAGAAAUCUGUGCACUGCCUCGGCUAAACAGGCCAAAUCAAACUACUUCCUUAGCGCUAUGACAGACUGUUAGUGAUCCCUCUAAAUUCUGGAAAAUCGUUAAUUCACUGAAGUGGGGGUAAUUCCUCUACUUCCCUGCCUAAACAAGUAGUUUUAGACUCCUGCAUCAUUGCUGAAAACUUUCAGAUUUGUGAUUAUUUUAAUCAGCAUUUUAUCUCAGCUGGUUUCCUAUUUGAAAGAAAUGCUGGUCAUACUGGUCUGGGCCAGUCAGUUGACUGUUCUUCCCACAUACAGCCUCCAGUUGCCUCAAUGGAUGAUCAGUCAACCUGACUUGGGAAAUGGUAGUUAGGGUUUUUCUUUUUGGCAACUCACAAAAACGUAAGUUCUUGCUGCCUUGUUUACAUUUACAUUUUAGUCAUUUAGCAGACGCUCUUAUCCAGAGCGACUUACAGUUAGUGAAUACAUUUUUUUUAUUUUUAUACUGGCCCCCCAUGGGAAACGAACCCACAACCCUGGCGUUGCAAACGCCAUGCUCUAUCAACUGAGCUACAUCCCUGCCGGCCAUUCCCUCCCCUACCCUGGACGACGCUGGGCCAAUUGUGCGCCGCCCAUGAGUCUCCCGGUCGCGGCCGGCUGCGACAGAGCCUGGAUUCGAACCAGGAUCUCUAGUAGCACAGUUAGCACUGCGAUGCAGUGCCUUAGACCACUGCGCCACUUGUUAGCUAUUGACACCGAGAAGUCAUUAAGGGCUGACAAUUUGGACCCGUCUUUGCUUAAGUAUGCUGCACCCCUCAUUGCUGUCUCAGUAACACAAAUGUUUUAACUUUAGUAUCAGGAAAUAUUCCAAAAGUGUGGAAAGCAUAUUUUGUGCUACCACUCCAUAAGGGAGGGGAUAGUAGUGAUCUCGAUAACAAUCGACCCAUUUCCAGGCUCCCUUGCGAAAAUACUAGAAUCAUUGGUCAACAAACAGCUACGUUAUUUUCUAUCUGUAAAUUGUAUUCUUUAUGUUAUUCAAUCCAGAUUAAGACCUAAACAUAGCACCACUAUGGCUACCAUGCUUGUUUUUAAAUUAUAUUGCAAAUGCCUUGGAUUAUAUAAAUAAUUGUGAUGCCAUGUUUGUAGACUUGUCAAAGGCUUUUGAUACUGUAGACCAAGACCAUGUUAUUCUUUUGAAUAAGCUGUCCUCGAAAGGGUUGGGUACUGAUGCUUGCUGAUGGUUUCAUAAUUAUCUCAAUGACAGAACUCAGGUCAUCAAGGUAGAUGGGAUCAAAUCUGAGUUCCUUGAGGUACAUAAAGGGGUGCCCCAAGGUUCGUCACUCGGCCCACUACUUUUUACAAUCUAUCAAGAUAACAUUGGUUAUGCUGUAAAACAAUUAUAAUAUUCAUUUGUAUGCAGAUGAUACUGUGUUGUAUUCCAUUGCUCCAUCAGUUAGCCAAGCCUUUUCACAUUUGAAGUCUGAUUUUCAAACACUGCAGAGGUCACUACUGGAUUUAAAGUUACUGCUAAAUGCAAACAAAACGCAUGCUUUUUUCUAGGUCCCAUAACCCAGAUUUAAAUGAAUUUGUAAUGACUAGUUUCAAUGGUACACAGAUUGAGUUCCAUUCUACAAAUAUCUUGGUUCUGGCUUGAUGACAAACGGUCAUUUAUAAAACCAUGUCACUGAGCUGGUGAAGAAGUUGAAGUUCAAGGUUGGUUCUUUUACACAAACAAAGCAUGUCUGAUUUUUGUGAAUAGGAAGGAAAUUGUCCAGGCCAAUUUUAUGUCUAUUUUAGAUUAUGGGGAUAUUAUCUACAGUGAGGGAAAAAAGUAUUUGAUCCCCUGCUGAUUUUGUACAUUUGCCCACUGACAAAGUAAUUAUCAGUCUAUAAUUUUAAUGGUAGGUUUAUUUGAACAGUGAGAGACAGAAUAACAACAACAAAAUCCAGAAAAACGCAUGUUAUAAAUUGAUUUGCAUUUUAAUGAGGGAAAUAAGUAUUUGACCCCCUCUCAAUCAGAAAGAUUUCUGGCUCCCAGGUGUCUUUUAUACAGGUAACGAGCUGAGAUUAGGAGCACACUCUUAAAGGGAGUGCUCCUAAUCUCAGUUUGUUAAAAAGCAAUCAAUCAAUCAGAUUCCAAACUCUCCACCAUGGCCAAGACCAAAGAGCUCUCCAAGGAUGUCAGGGACAAGAUUGUAGACCUACACAAGGCUGGAAUGGGCUACAAGACCAUCGCCAAGCAGCUUGGUGAGAAGGUAACAACAGUUGGUGCGAUUAUUCGCAAAUGGAAGAAACACAAAAUAACUGUCAAUCUCCCUCGGCCUGGGGCUCCAUGCAAGAUCUCACCUCGUGGAGUUGCAAUGAUCAUGAGAACGAUGAGGAAUCAGCCCAGAACUACACGGGAGGAUCUUGUCAAUGAUCUCAAGGCAGCUGGGACCAUAGUCACCAAGAAAACAAUUGGUAAUACACUACGCCGUGAAGGACUGAAAUCCUGCAGCGCCCGCAAGGUCCCCCUGCUCAAGAAAGCACAUAUACAGGCCUAUCUGAAGUUUGCCAAUGAACAUCUGAAUGAUUCAAAGGAGAACUGGGUGAAAGUGUUGUGGUCAGAUGAGACCAAAAUCGAGCUCUUUGGCAUCAACUCGCCGUGUUUGGAGGAGGAGGAAUGCUGCCUAUGACCACAAUAACACCAUCCCCACCGUCAAACAUGGAGGUGGAAACAUUAUGCUUUGGGGGUGUUUUUCUGCUAAGGGCACAGGACAACUUCACUGCAUCAAAGGGACGAUGGACGGGGCCAUGUACCGUCAAAUCUUGGGUGAGAACAUCCUUCCCUCAGCCAGGGCAUUGAAAAUGGGUUGUGGAUGGGUAUUCCAGUAUGACAAUGGCCCAAAACACACGGCCAAGGCAACAAAGGAGUGGCUCAAGAAGAAGCACAUUAAGGUCCUGGAGUGGCCUAGCCAGUCUCCAGACCUUAAUCCCAUAGAAAAUCUGUGGAGGGAGCUGAAGGUUUGAGUUGCCAAACGUCAACCUCGAAACCUUAAUGACUUGGAGAAGAUCUGCAAAGAGGAGUGGGACAAAAUCUCUCCUGAGAUGUGUGCAAACCUGGUGGCCAACUACAAGAAACGUCUGACCUCUGUGAUUGCCAACAAGAGUUUUGCCACCAAGUACUAAGUCAUGUUUUGCAGAGGGGUCAAAUACACUGCUAAAAAAAAUAAAGGGAACACUUAAACAACACAAUGUAACUCCAAGUCAAUCACACUUCUGUGAAAUCAAACUGUCCACUUAGGAAGCAACACUGAUUGACAAUACAUUUCACAUGCUGUUGUGCAAAUGGAAUAGACAACAGGUGGAAAUUAUAGGCAAUUAGCAAGACACCCCCAAUAAAGGACUGGUUUUGCAGGUGGUGACCACAGACCACUUCUCAGUUCCUAUGCUUCCUGGCUGAUGUUUUGGUCACUUUUGAAUGCUGGCGGUGCUUUCACUCUAGUGGUAGCAUGAGACGGAGUCUACAACCCACACAAGUGGCUCAGGUAGUGCAGCUCAUCCAGGAUGGCACAUCAAUGCGAGCUGUGGCAAGAAGGUUUGCUGUGUCUGUCAGCGUAGUGUCCAGAGCAUGGAGGCGCUACCAGGAGACAGGCCAGUACAUCAGGAGACGUGGAGGCCGUAGGAGGGCAACAACCCAGCAGCAGGACUGCUACCUCCGCCUUUGUGCAAGGAGGAGCAGGAGGAGCACUGCCAGAGCCCUGCAAAAUGACCUCCAGCAGGCCACAAAUGUGCAUGUGUCUGCUCAAACGGUCAGAAACAGACUCCAUGAGGGUGGUAUGAGGGCCCGACGUCCACAGGUGGUUGUUGUGCUUACAGCCCAACACCGUGCAGGACGUUUGGCAUUUGCCAGAGAACACCAAGAUUGGCAAAUUCGCCACUGGCGCCCUGUGCUCUUCACAGAUGAAAGCAGGUUCACACUGAGCACAUGUGACAGACGUGACAGAGUCUGGAGACGCCGUGGAGAACGUUCUGCUGCCUGCAACAUCCUCCAGCAUGACCGGUUUGGCGGUGGGUCAGUCAUGGUGUGGGGUGGCAUUUCUUUGGGGGGCCGCACAGCCCUCCAUGUGCUCACCAGAGGUAGCCUGACUGCCAUUAGGUACCGAGAUGAGAUCCUCAGACCCCUUGUGAGACCAUAUGCUGGUGCGGUUGGCCCUGGGUUCCUCCUAAUGCAAGACAAUGCUAGACCUCAUGUGGCUGGAGUGUGUCAGCAGUUCCUGCAAGAGGAAGGCAUUGAUGCUAUGGACUGGCCCGCCCGUUCCCUAGACCUGAAUCCAAUUGAGCACAUCUGGGACAUCAUGUCUCGCUCCAUCCACCAACGCCACGUUGCACCACAGACUGUCCAGGAGUUGGCAGAUGCUUUAGUCCAGGUCUGGGAGGAGAUCCCUCAGGAGACCAUCCGCCACCUCAUCAGGAGCAUGCCCAGGCGUUGUAGGGAGGUCAUACAGGCACGUGGAGGCCACACACACUACUGAGCCUCAUUUUGACUUGUUUUAGGACAUUACAUCAAAGUUGGAUCAGCCUGUAGUGUGGUUUUCCACUUUAAUUUUGAGGGUGACUCCAAAUCCAGACCUAAAUUUGAUUUCCAUUGAUCAUUUUUGUGUGAUUUUGUUGUCAGCACAUUAAACUAUGUAAAGAAAAAAGUAUUUAAUAAGAUUAUUUCAUUCAUUCAGAUCUAGGAUGUGUUAUUUUAGUGUUCCCUUUAUUUUUUUGAGCAGUGUACUUAUUUCCCUCAUUAAAAUGCUAAUCAAUUUAUAACAUUUUUGACAUGCGUUUUUUUCAGGAUGUUUUUGUUGUUAUUCUGUCUCUCACUGUUCAAAUAAACCUACCAUUAAAAUUAUAGACUGAUCAUGACUUUGUCAGUGGGCAAACGUACAAAAUCAGCAGGGGAUCAAAUACUUUUUUCCCUCACUGUAUAUGCAUGCAGCAGCAUCUACACUUAAACCACUAGAUGCUGUUUUCCAUUGUGUCCUUAGGUUUAUUACUGGUGAUGGUUAUAGAACUCACCAUUGUGUCUUGUAUCAAAAAGUGGGUUGGGCCUCUUUUGUAUGUAAGACGGCAGCAUUUUCUUGUGUUUAUCUACAAAACACUUCCUAUGUAUCUAUCAUCAUUAAUAAAAUGUUGACGUACAAAUUACCAAACCCGGUCUCAGGCUUGGAUAACAAUGGAGGCCCCUUCAGUCUCCACAGAGUUGGGUAAAGCUGCUUUUAGUUUUUUUGCACCCUUUAUGUGGAACAACUUACAGAGCUCUCUGAAAUUAUACUGAACACAAAAAAAGGCAACAUGCAACAAUUUCAAAGAUUUUACUGAGUUACAGUUCAUAUAAGGAAAGCUGUCAAUUAAAAUAAAUUCAUUAGGACCUAAUCUAUGGAUUUCACAUGACUGGGAAUACAGAUAUGCAUCUGUUGGUCACAGAUACCUUUAAGAAAGUAGGGGCGUGGAUCAGAAAACCAGCCAGUAUCUGGUGUGACCACCAUUUGCCUCAUGCAGCGUGACACAUCUCCUUUGCAUAGAGUUGAUCAGGCUGUUGAUUGUGGCCUGUAGAAUGUUGUCCCACUCCUCUUCAAUGGCUGUGCGAAGUUGCUGGAUAUUGGGAGGAACUGGAACACGCUGUCGCACACGUCAACCCAGAGUAUCCCAAACAUGCUCAAUGGGUGUCAUGUCUGGUGAGUAUGCAGGCCAUGGAAGAACUGGGACAUUUUCAGCUUCCAGGAAUUUUGUACAGAUCCUGGUGACAUUGGGCCGUGCAUUAUCAUGCUGAAACAGUAGGUGAUGAAUGGCACGAAUUUGGGCCUCAGGAUCUCGUCACGGAAUCUCUGUGCAUUGAAAUUGCCAUCGAUAAAAUGCAAUUGUGUUCGUUGUCCGUAGCUUAUGCCUGCCCAUACCAUAACUCCACCGCCACCAUGGUACACUCUGUUCACAACAGCAAACCACUCGCCCACACGACGCCAUACACGUGGUCUGCGGUUGUGAGUCCGGUUGGAUGUACUGCCAACUUCUCUAAAAUGAUGUUGGAGGCUUAUGGUAGAGAAAUUAACAUUACAUUCUCUGGCAACAGCUCUGGUGGACAUCCCUUCAGUCAGCAUGCCAAUUGCACACUCCCUCAAAACUUGAGACAUCUGUGGCAUUGUGUUGUGACAAAACUGCACAUUUUAGAGUGGCCUUUUCAUUGUCCCCAGCAGAAGGUGCACCUGUGUAAUGAUCAUGCUGUUUAAUCAACUUCUUGAUAUGCCACACCUGUCAGGUGGAUGGAUUAUCUUGGCAAAGGAGAAAUGCUCACUAACAGGGAUAUAAAAAAUGUGGCAAAGAUUUGAGAGAAAUAAGCUUUUUGUGCGUAUGGAACAUUUCUGGGAUCUUUUAUUUCAGCUCAUGAAACAUGGGACCAACACUUUACAUUUUGCUUUUAUAUUUUUGUUCAGUGUAGAUGUUCUGGUCCCCCUUGGCCAGUUCAGACUAAUGAUUGGAGACCUCUAUGCUGAUAAAUGUGUCUGAUUUUCUUAAUAUGUUUUUUUAUUUUGUAUAUUGCAUGUGUAUCCUUCCACUGGCGCUGCAGUCAUCCCUCUGUCCGUAUCCUUCCACCCCGUGCUGCAGUCAUUCCUCUCCCGGAAAAAAUGA